AGUUGUGAAUCGUUUUCCGUUUCUUGUUACUACCAACUCCCGCGCUACCAUGGACGACGAAUAUGACCAUCUUUACAAAAUCGUCCUAGUCGGCGAUGCUACCGUUGGCAAGACCCAUCUCUUGUCCCGAUAUAUCAAGGGUACACUACCCCGUGCCCCUACUGCAACGAUAGGUGUGGAGUUCGCUACGAGGACGGUACCUCUUGCCGUUGGUGGCACGGUUAAAGCUCAGAUUUGGGACACAGCGGGCCAGGAGCGUUAUCGAGCAAUAACAUCAGCACACUAUCGCAGAGCAGUGGGUGCCUUAUUGGUCUAUGACGUUACCAGACGCAACACCUUCCUCAACUGCUCUAAAUGGAUGGAGGAACUUCGGCAGAAUGCUGAGCCUGAUAUCGUCAUACUGUUAGUCGGCAACAAGAUCGAUCUAGUGGAAAAGGAUUCUUCUACGAGACAGGUAACGACGGAGGAAGCCACGGUAUUUGCGAAGCAGAGCGGUCUGUUCUUCGCUGAGGCCUCUGCAGUGUCGUCUGUGAAUGUCAAAUUCAUAUUCGAGAAUCUCCUACAAGAAAUUUAUAACCAGCGUAGUCGAGCCCAGGCCGAGGGGAAGUCUCAGCAGGAGCUUACAGCACAAGGAGGGAUGAAGAUCGCCCCUCAUGAGCACGACCGUUAUGCUAAUAACUGCAACAAUGAGCUUCCCACUUGCCAGUGUUGACGCUGUAUUGUUGUUGCCUCUCGAGUGGAGGGGACAUCCAGUUGGGGGCUGAGUAUAGCGUAAUGACCAAUUCUCGCACUCCUACUCUGCGUUGUAGUUUCGUAAGGCUCUAUGCAGCGAGGAGGAAUGUGCCUAGUUACAUCAGAGUGUCAUAUUUCUGCU